GGUUGUAAUUUUGGUGUUAUGAUUCUUCUUCUUCUUCUUCUUCCAUGGACUUCACUGUACCAUAAAACUCCUCCACCGUCGGCGCCGUUUAUUCAAUGACGUCAUACUCCACCGCCGUUAACAAACGGAAGUUCGAUGAUUACGCUGUUAACGGUGACUUAGUUACCUCCGCCGCCGUCAGAAUGCGAAAAGACCAAUCUACCCUUCCUUCUUCCACCUCCACCGCUGCGCCACGUCAUCAUCACUCUGCGUCUCGGUUUCCGUGCCGGCGGGUUCAGUUCUUCAUCCGAUUACUAUCAGGUAGCUCAGGGACCGGUAACGGAAAUGGCAGUUUGGUAAUUCAAGCGGAUUCUACUGAUACAGUGAAAUCAAUUCACAAAAAAGUUGAAUGUAUAACCGGAAUACCGAUUUCGGAGCAGCGAUUAAUCUAUAAAGGGAAGCAAUUACAGUGGGAACAAACGUUAUCGCAAUGCGACAUUCAAAACGACGCCGGUUUACACCUCGUUGGACGUAUGCGAAGCACUGGACAUCCACAAGCAUGGUCGUUGAUAAACGAUUUAGUAUCAGAGAUUUUCGACCACUGUAAGAGCUGUAACCCUCGUCCUUCGUCUCGUAUAAAGACUAGACUUAGUGAAUUUUUAUCUAUGACGCCUCGCCAUGAUGAAACUCAAGCUUCGGGGCACUUACAGAUUUUUCUGAGUUCGUGUGCUCCGGCGGCGUUAGUAAUGCUUUAUAUGUCCGGGGAGAGGGUUAAUAGAGAUAUAGCUGAUGAAUCGAUUAGACAGUUUAUUAAUUCGAGUAAAACUGUUUUACCUAGGGUUAUACAUUUGCAAUGUGUGCAUAUUGUGUUAGAAUUUUGUAAAUUGCUUAAUAGUGCUGUUGGUGUUGAUGACGCGUUGUAUGGUUUAUGUCGGAGUAGUUUAGGGGGGAUAGUGGAGGGGAGUGGGAUUGCGAGUUGGGAGAGGAGGAGUGGUGAUAGUAAAGUUGUAAUAGAAUUGGAGGAUGUUUUUCCGUUUGUUUGUGAGUUAGCAGGGAAGAUAUCGCGGGGUUUGGAAAUGAGCGUGGGAGAGAAUGCGAUAACGGGGCCGUCUUUGAGUGAUGUGCGUGAUUUUACUGCAUUUAUGCGUCCUGUUAGGAAUUUGAUUGGGGAUUAUGUAGAGAAUUGCAGUCCAAUCGCCUUCCCGUUGAAGGAGGAAGGGACGUUGCAGGAGGUAGGGACGAGUAGAAUAUUUGGGAUGUGGUAUUAUAGACAGCAGAUUAAAUCUUUGCAUGAUAUUUACUUCGAUUUGCUGGAGAAAGUAGAGUUUUGUUUGAAGAAAAUGGAGGAAACUUUGGCGUUGAAGGAGAAAGGAGAAGGUGAGCCUUUUGCACUUGGAUGGUCCCAGUAUCUUGCGAUUCUGAAGGAGAUAAAUGGUAUAUCGAAACUUUACAAGGGCUCAGAGGACGUGUUUUGGGAUAAAAUGAGGCAAAGGAGAGUUUCUUUGUGUUUUCUGAUUGUGAGAUUUGCUAAACGAUCUGAGGAUCAUCAGUGGAUUUUGGAGCACAAGGAAGUGACUAAUUUUGAGGCGAGGAGGCAUUUGGCCAUGAUGAUGCUUCCAGAGGUGAAGGAUGAGUAUGAGGAGCUUCAUGAAAUGCUCAUUGACCGUUCUCAGUUGCUAUCAGAGUCUUUUGAGUACAUUGCCCAUGCAGAUUCUGAGUCAUUACGUGGUGGCUUGUUUAUGGAGUUCAAGAAUGAAGAAGCUACGGGGCCUGGCGUCUUGAGGGAGUGGUUUUUCUUGGUAUGUCAAGCAAUCUUCAACCCGCAAAAUGCUCUGUUUGUUGCUUGUCCAAAUGACCGGAGAAGGUUUUUUCCAAAUCCAGCAUCUAAGGUGGACCCAUUGCACCUUGAGUAUUUUAGCUUCUCUGGCAGGGUAAUUGCUUUGGCCUUGAUGCAUAAAAUACAAGUUGGUGUCGUCUUUGAUCGCGUGUUCUUCUUACAAUUGUCGGGCAAGAGUAUUUCAUUAGAUGACAUAAGGGAUGCAGAUCCAUUUUUGUACAGCAGCUGCAAGCAGAUAUUGGAAAUGGAUCCGGAGAUGGUGGAUCAAGAUACUCUUGGUUUGACAUUUGUUCGUGAAGUUGAAGAGUUAGGAUCCAGGAAGGUUGUCGAGCUUUGCCCUAAUGGGAAAUGUACCAUGGUGAAUAGUAAAAAUAGGGAGCAGUAUGUUGAGCUUCUUAUUCAACAUCGAUUUGUCAUAUCCAUUGCUGAGCAAGUAGCUCAUUUUGCUCAAGGUUUUGCUGACAUUAUAACUACCUUAAGGCUCCAGAAAUCCUUUUUCCAGAGCUUAGAUCAUGAAGAUCUGGACUCGAUGCUCCACGGGAGUGAAACUGCUGUUUCUGUGGAGGACUGGAAAGCACAUACGGAUUAUAAUGGGUAUAAAGAAAGCGAUCCUCAAAUAUCUUGGUUUUGGAAGAUUGUUGGGUGCAUGUCAGCCGAGCAGAGGAAGGUUCUCCUCUUCUUUUGGACUUCAAUAAAGUAUCUUCCUGUAGAAGGUUUUGGUGGUUUGGCUUCUCGGCUUUACAUCUACAAAACCAGAGAAUCUUAUGAUCGUUUGCCUUCCUCACACACAUGCUUCUUCCGCCUAUGCUUUCCUCCUUACCCAUCCAUGGAUGUCAUGCAAGAUCGACUUCGCAUUAUCACCCAAGAGCAUGUUGGUUGCAGCUUCGGUACAUGGUGACGUCAACAAUCAUUUUGAACAUGAAUCAAACUGCACAUAAGUUAUGUUAUCGGCUUGUACAUAUGUAUAGGGUAUGCUCCUAUUUGGAACUUGACUUAUGGUAAGGUGUUAUAUUAGUUGGUUUAAAUGGUGGAAAGUUGUAGUUUAUUCUCCCCCCCUAAUUUAACUCUCAUACAGGUAUAAUGUCUGUUAAAAUAAAGCAAGUAAAGAAGGGUCAAGUUAACUUCUAAUUCUAUUUCUUCCUUUUCUGUUAUUUCAACUCUGUGUGAGGGUAUUGAUAUUGUAAAUAUUGCCCUGUGCUUUUUUAGUUAGUUAGCUAUAAUGUAUUGUAUUUGUUUGGCAUAUCACUCUGUAUGGUUAAAAUGAUCAACUUCUCUUGAUAUGCCAGACGCCCCCAUGUUCUGCGUCGACUUUCAGAUGAACACUUUGUAGUUUAUUUGUAUAUUAUGUUGAGUUUAGCUGGAAUGACAUGAUGAGUGUGGAUUCU